AUGAGAACCCCGCUGCUGCCGCCGGCGCCGGUGGUGCUGUCGCUGUUGAUCUUCGGCUCAGCCCACUGUGCUGCUGGACUGGAGGUCAAUGACACCUCUUCUGAGAAAGGGGAACCAUUUUCUGGUGAUCACAGUGCUGAUGGAUUUGAGGUUACCUCAAGAAGUGAGAUGUCCUUAGGAGGCAAGAUUUCCCCUGUGAGUGAAAUGCCUUCUGGUAGCGAACUGUCCUCAGGCAUCGACUAUGACUAUUCAGAAGAGUAUGAUAACGAACCACAAAUAUCUGGCUAUAUUGUAGAUGAUUCAGUCAGAGUUGAACAGGUAAUUAAGCCCAAGAAAAACAAAGCAGAAAGUAAAAAGACUUCAGAUAAAACCAAAAGAAAGAGAAAGGGAGGCAAAGAUGGAAAAAAUAAAAGAAACAGAAAGAAGAAAAACCCAUGUAAUGCAGAAUUUCAAAAUUUCUGCAUUCAUGGAGAAUGUAAAUAUAUACAGCACCUGGAAGCAGUAACAUGCAUAUGUCAUCAGGAUUACUUUGGAGAACGGUGUGGGGAAAAGUCCAUGAAAACUCACAGCAUGGUUGACAGUGAUUUGUCGAAAAUUGCUUUGGCAGCAAUAGCUGCUUUUGUCUCAGCUCUGAGCUUCACAGCUAUUGCUGUUGUUAUUACAAUUCUGCUUCGAAAACGAUACUUCAGGGACUAUGAAGGAGAAGUUGAAGAACGAAAGAAACUUCGACAAGAAAAUGGAAAUGCACAUGUCAUAGCAUAA